AAGCCAAAGCCGAGAGAUUUGUAUUUUGUUCUUUUAUGUAGUUUCGAUAUUCUCGUUGUGUUUGGAAGCGUUACCUUUUUUUGUACAUACUGGGGCCGCCUUUCUUCGUCGAAAGGGUUGUCGUGAAGCGUCUAUUAAGGUAAUCAGUAGGUCUGUUAAUAAUUGCAGUAGGUCCGUUUCGCACAAUAUACGCGUAUGCGUAACGGUCCUUCAGCAGCACGUCGCCGGCGUUAGUCACAGCAACGUAUCCGCAUGCGCCGACAAAAACAUGUACCAGACAACACGUGCGGAUCCUGGCGCCGGAAACAUGUCAGAAGACGAGGAAGCAUCCUUAGUGCAGGAGCGUGACCGGACUUUGCGCACAGCUUUGGACCAGAUCCAGCAGCGGCGACGCGCACCUCCACACCCUCCCAAUCCACCUUCUCCUGUAGCUGUCGCCGAACACCAGUUUAAGGAUUGUGGCGAUGGUGUCGAUGUCACAGUGGACAGUGAAAGUGCCACUGCUGCGAAGCCACCACCGCCACAGGUGACUUUUGAGGGUCCACUGGAGGCUUUACGACAACGGGAGUGGCUGCUGAACCUUCAGGAACAACAGGAGCUUCAAAGUCUCAAGGUUGCUUUAUCCUCACCUGUGCAGCAGGAACUUACCCUGGAGGAAAAGGAGGAACAAUUGCUCUUCAAUGGUGAAGUGCCCCUCCUGUUGCCGGCGCAGUCCUCCGCACCAGCAACGAGUACCACAACAACAGUGCCCUCAUCCUCAUCUACCUCGACGACGUGUUCGAACACCUCAUCAUCAUCACAUUCCACAUGCACCACUUCUUCUACCACAUGCUCCACAAGCUCUAUGCGCCCUGGAGCCAGCAGGGCAUCAUCGGGAAAUAGGGGACGGGGCAGCAAUCGCUCCAGGCCACCGUGUGUUCACCACAAUAGCCGGGGCAGGCCCUUUCAUCGCAGAGAACACACGUGGCCGUUGGGGACAGGAACGCCGGCCACAGGGCAGAGAGAACCCCACGCAACAAAUGCCCCAGGUGACCAAUGAACGAGGACGUGCCAACAGCCCAAAGAAGACCACAGAGCCACCAGCCUGGCAGCAAAAGGCAGUGCCCCUGUCAGUUCAGGACGAGGCCGCCAUGCUAGCUCAAGCAAUCGAGCUCAGCCACCUGGACAACGGGGCCGAUAGCAAAGUGGAAGAGGAGCAGCUACGCAUUGUCCUGGAGCAGUCUCGGCAGGAGGCACAAAGAAGAAGAGGAGGAGGCGGCAGCCAUCGACGAGGGGCAUCACGCUUUGCCCGCCGAGGCUGGGGAGGCCCCGGAAGGGGAGGAGGAAGUGCCGAGCAUCGCCCACAGUCUUCACCGCCACCACCACCGCCAGUGCCCCCAAACCUCCUCAAUGGCAUCACCAUUGUGGGCAGCAUAGACGCUGGCCGCCUCACCUCGGGAGGCAUGCCUCCUCCUCCUCCUCCUGCGCUGCACCAAGUUCCACCUCCUUCUCACCCACCUCCUCCCCCGCCUCCGCCAUCGGCUAAUGCAGAGCCUGUUGUGACGUUCGACCAGUGGCUGUCUCUGUGCAGCCGCUACAUGCCCCUUCUGGCGCAAGGCAUGGUGGAGCUCCAACGCACAUGUGCCGCAGUGCGUUCGGCGGCUCCGUCUCUCGAAGGGUCACCUCUUUUGCUACCGCCCCCGCUUUGGUCGUCGCGCUUUCCUCCAUCAGCUGCACCGUCACCUCUGCCACCCAUGACCCCUCCUCCGCCUCCUCCUCCUCCCCCCAUGAAUCCACCCAUGAACUCAUCCAUGAACUCAUCCAUGAACUCUCCCAUGACCUCACCCAUGGGCCCGCCUCCUCCCAUGGGCCCUUCUCACAUGGCCCCACCUGAUGGGGGCCUGCUUGGUGCUGCUGCUGCUUCGGCCUUCCAGUGCCUUCCCCCACCAGUACGACCACCAAGGCCGGUCCGUGGUGCUGGUCACAGCGCUGGUUUGCACCAGAAAAAUCUGCAGCACCAUCACCAGCAGGUGCCAGCUGCACAUUUCGGUGGCAAGAGGCAGCAGCACUCCAAUGAACAGAUCCACAUUGGAGGGCAGGCUUCCGGCGAUGCGGGUCAUCGCCAGCACCAUAAAAAUGUGCAGCACCAUCCACAUCAACAACCACCAACAGCAGCUGCUAAUGCUGGCAGAAAGCAGCAGCACACUGAACAGGUGCAGGGUAAUGGGCAAGGUUCUGACGAUGCUGGACAUCGCCAGCAUCAGAUACCUGCGCAGCAACAGCCCCAGCAGCCCCCAGCCACCAACAUGAUCAAUAAGCCGCACACGUCCGAACAACCACAUGCCCCAUGCCGAGGCGGGGCUCGUGCGAAGAAGAAGAGGAAAGGAGGCAAGCCGACUUGCUCUUAACUUCCGUAUUGUGAUCUGAGUGAACCCCUUCCGUAAUGUCCGAAUGAAAUCCUGGGUGGCGAGAAUGCAGCUGGCUGGAUAUGUUGUCUGCACAAGCUUCUGUGCAGUGACUGAGCCACAUUGCAUCAUCUUCGCUUAAUUGUGGCACGGUGCCUUAUUAAUAUAUGAAUGAAAUUUUGCCUCUCCUGCUUAGACCAUGAUGAGGGUCUGCAGUAUGUAUAAAUAAAAACAUAAAUGAAA